AAGUUUGAUGCAGUAGAGGUUCAAAACUCGAAAGCCAACAAAAACCAAAUCAAACGGUGGAUUAAGAUGGAGGAGGGAUCAGAGUCGAGAAAGCAAGCGAGGUUGGCAAUUUUGGAACUUGCGAAUAUGAUAAGCGUUCCAAUGUCCCUAAACGCCGUCGUACGGCUCAACGUCGCCGACGCCAUCUGGCAAGGCGGCUCCAACGCCCCAAUCUCCGCCGCCCAGAUCUUCAAACGCGUCCUUCCCGCCGGUGACGGCGACGCCGAGAACCUUCAACGCGUCCUCCGCAUGCUCGCCAGUUACGGCGUCUUCGAGGAGCACCUCGACGGCGGCGAAAGGAAGUACUCACUCACCGACGUUGGCAAAACGCUCGUCACCGAUGACCAAGGCCUAUCCUACGCUCCUUACGUGCUCCAACACCACCAGGAUGCGUUGAUGAGAGCAUGGCCGUUGGUACACGAGGCAGUGGUGGACCCAACGAGGGAGCCCUUCGAAAGGGCCAAUGGAGAGGCAGCGUACGCGUACUACCUUAAGCAACCUGAGAUGAACGAGUUAAUGGUGAAGGCCAUGUCAGGUGUAUCAGUACCCUUCAUGAGGGCCAUGUUGGAGGGCUAUGAUGGCUUUCAAGGUGUUGAGAAGCUGGUUGACGUUGGUGGCAGCGGCGGUGACUGCCUCCGUAUGAUCUUGCAGAAACACCCCACCGUCAAAGAAGGGAUCAACUUUGACCUACCAGAAGUAGUGGCCAAAGCACCACAAAUUCCAGGCUACCGAUGAAUGAGAUAAACACAG